UUCGUGCGGUUGUAAGCCUUCACUAUGUUUAAGAUCGGAACUUAUACUCUGUAUUUAUUGAUUGCAUGGCAUCUCUGUGAAGGCCAAUCGGAAUCCCAGGAAGAUGUUCGAUCUGUAUGCCUUCUGAAAGAUCCCCCCAAUCAGUGCGGGGAAUUUUGCCUUUCGGUGCUGGAACCCCUCUUGAAUCACAUUGCCAAGCACCAGGAGCAAUGGAACACCUCCGAUGCCCUCAAACUAAACGACACCCAAGCCAAACUGGACCGAAUUCAGACCAAAUUGGAGGGACAAACCGUAUCCCUGGAGGAUUCGUUGAAGAAAGUACUGCCACAGGACUUUCAGGAGAGACUAACCAGAAUGGAAGCUCACCAGACGGACAUUCAAAAGGCAAUGGGAUCCCAGCUGGAAGUGCAGAUCAAUCUGGAAAAGGAGCAAAAGUCCCUGAUGGAAACUUUUAAGAAUACCAUACCGGAGAACUUUAACGAGACGCUGGGAAAACUGAAAGAACAGCAUAUAUCUUUACAAGAAACACUAAAGAAAAUUCCAGUUGAUUUGGAGGAGAAACUAAACCGUGUGGAGGAUCAUCAAAAGGCAGUUGGGACUCAAUUAGAAACUCAGAUCAACUUGGCAAAGGAUCAGAAAUCCCAGCUGGAAGCUUUAAAUAAAUCCAUACCAAAAAACUUCGAAGAAAGGCUGAUCAAGAUGGAGGAACAGCAAACAUCGCUACACGAAGCUAUAAAGAAAAUUCCAGAAGACUUCGAAAGCAGAUUGCAAACGAUGGAAAAAAAUCAGAAGGAUAUUCAGAGCAAGAUGGAGACUCAACAGGUCAAAAUUAUGGACACUCUCACCGAAAUAUACGGAAAGGUCUUUUGGCCCAAGUUUGAGCGAAUCGGCUCGAGACUUUUAUAUAUAGAUCGUCAAAAUGCAUACCCCUGGAUUACGGCCGUCAGCACUUGCCGUGAAAUGAAUGGCUAUCUAGCCGCCAUUAAAGAUCAGGAGGAACUGGACAUCAUCAAGGCAAAACUGGGUGACAAGCACUACUGGCUGGGCAUCAACGAUCGCGCAUCCAAGGGAGCCUACAAAUCCGAGGCAUCCGGAAGAGAAGCUGUAUUUAUAAAGUGGAAAUCGGGGGAACCCAAUCACGCUGGACCCGAAGAACGCUGCGUUGAAUUGGCUAAUGGCGAAAUGAACGAUGACCCGUGUUCCGCUAAGAAAUAUAUAAUUUGCCAAACUAACUCAGAUUUUUAG